GUGACCCAGGCGAGCCAAGUGCGCAUGCGCCGUGCUGGACAGCUCCUGAGAGGGAAAUUUAAAAACGGUUUGGGGAUCAGAGACACAUCAUAUUACAAAGAGGAGAGCUGUACCCGGUCACCUGCCAAGCUGCUCACACACCGCAGGGACCCAUCUGCACUCAUCAAAGGAGAUGAUAGACAGUGACAUCUCAGCUAUUAUGUCUGGAAUAAUCAGGACAUCAGAACAAAAUCACCAUCCCCCGAACCAAGACUACAGACUAAUGACAACUGACCCUUCUCAAAUGCGAGAUGACGAUCUCCCCAAUGACCUGCAGUCGCUUUCAUGGCUGACGUCUGUGGAUGUCCCCAGGUUACAGCAAAUGAGCAGCGCUAGAAUGGACUAUAGUGUCACCUCCCAGAAUUCAGCUUUACAGCAGCAAGGUCAUAUGUCAAGUAAUAUACACUCCCCUGGAGCCAUGAUGCAUGUACCAGAAGGCAUGCAGCAAGGGAUUCUGGGUCUAAACAGCAUGACGUCUCAUGGCGCUACUAUUAGCCAGUAUAAUAUGGUUGGACAUAUUUCUCCAUCUGUCCAGUCGCAACAGUCCGUGUACCCAUCUCAUACCCACCAAGUCUAUGCACUUUCUCAGGGACCCCAACAGUGUUCUGCUGCUGGGUUAUACAGCAGCUCAUACCGAGCACAACCUCAGUAUUCACAGCCGCGUCUGGCAGCUCACUCUACUCAGGAUGGACAUCACAAGAGCUAUCCCAAACCCAUCUACUCGUACAGUUGCCUUAUUGCCAUGGCCUUAAAGAACAGCAAGACUGGUAGCCUGCCUGUCAGCGAGAUCUACAGCUUCAUGAAGGAGCACUUCCCAUAUUUCAAGACUGCACCAGAUGGCUGGAAGAACUCUGUUCGGCAUAAUUUGUCCCUUAACAAGUGCUUUGAAAAGGUGGAGAACAAGCUAAGUGGGUCUUCCCGCAAAGGCUGCCUGUGGGCUCUAAACCCAGCAAAGAUCGACAAGAUGGAGGAAGAGAUGCAAAAAUGGAAGAGAAAGGACUUGCCAGCCAUCCGCAGGAGCAUGGCCAACCCUGAUGAGCUGGACAAACUUAUUAUGGACCGGCCAGAAAGCUGCAAGGCUCCCAGCAAAAUGACAGAUUCUGACCUGUCAGUGAUGAGAAACAUGGGUAGCAUCCAUGGAAGGAUCCCCAUCAGCCAGCUUCAGUCACAUCCUGGAAUGACCUUGUCUCUACAGUCCCUUCCACUACAUAAUCAGAUCCAAACCCAAGCAAGAAUAGCGUCGGGUUCGCCAGCUCCAGCCCAGAGCCCUCCUCUCCACACAGUUCCAGACAUGACCCACAGUCCAAUGCACCACCACAUCAUAAGCAGGGCUGCUUCUGACUUCCUCAGCCUCACCUCAGAUAUGAACACAGAGGUGGAUUCCCUGGAUCCCAGCAUCAUGGACUUUGCUCUGCAAGGGAACAUAUGGGAAGAGAUGAAGGAUGAAAGUUUUAACUUGGAGACUUUAGGAGCCUUCGGCACUUCCCCUCUCCAGCUGUCCGACUAUGACUUGGGGACAAUUGGUCUAACACCAGUGUCUAGCAGCAGUGACCACUCCUUCUCAGACUUGCAGGUCACCAGCCUCUAUACCACCUAUGCCACAAUGGACAAUGUGCCUCCUUCUCAGUGUGUGGCAGGACCUGGCAACAAACCCAUUGCUCUGCUAUAGAACGUGAUACAUCUUCAACAGAAACCAGAGAUACCUGAACUGGAAAUGCAUACACCAGGACCCGGCUUGUCAUGGGCGAGAACUGCAAUUGUAUCCUGGUAACAAGCUCCUUAAAGCUACAGUUUAGCUUUAUAAGCAUAACCCAAAAGUAAGCCACGAUUUCUUGACACCUAGAAUGUUUUUGGAACUUUUGUCAUCAAACUAUUCAAUGAAGGAUCAUCCUUGAAAGUUGAUCCUUAUUUCUAGUGCUGCCAAUAUUUAAAUCCACUUCACGGACAUGGUUUUGUGAAACCAACAUUGCUUAAUUUAAGGUGAAAGAGCCAAUGUAGAAUCUUGCAUCGCAUUUUUUUUUUAUCAAUUCAAGUAUGAUUUCCUGAAUUUGCAAGGAGGAUUAACUUAUUAAAUCGACAUCUGACAAACCAGUGAGAAAGGAUA